CAGCCAGUAGGGUACAGUAAUUACUGUAUGGAGCGCACAGCAGCUGCGGCGGCGGCGGCGGCAGCGGCAGGUUCCCUGGAUCAGGAAAUUAGGGCAGGCACGGGGGAUUGGAGGCGCGAGCGGCGCGCGAGCCAACCAGCAGCCACCCAGGGCCCCUGUGAGUCACGAGCGGACAAGGGGAGCAGCCCCGGCCCGGCAGCUGGAGCAGCAGCCACCACGGACACGCAUGCACACACUAUACACACACUCAUACAUACGUGCGCACACAGACACACAGGGCUUAGGCACCCGGUUGGCGUGUAUAAGAAGAGCCGGGGGGGAGGGGUGAAGUCUGCCGGCGUCUGUUCCUCCUCCUUGACCACUCCUCCCGCUCCCCCACUCUCACUCCUUCUCCCUCCCUUUACCCCCCUCUACAGUCGCCGCUGUGCUCGGCUCCUGGCUCCGGCUCUCUCCUUGGUUCCCUUCCCCACCCCCUCACCCUUUCCUUCCCCUCUUCUGCAUCGCCUGCGUUAUUUUCGUUUAGCAGGCUUGGUUUUGCACAGCUGCAACAGCGAGGGGGAGGGAGCGGUGUCGGCACCACCUCCACAACCAGCAACCCAGGAGCAGCAGCAGGAGCCGGGCACCAUGGGCACGUCCUCGCUCUGGGGACUCUGGCUCUUAGUCGCGAUGUGGUGUUUGUCUGGAGAGCGCAGCACUGUGGAGGGGACAAGAACAAAAUGUGAGUCAUCUCAAUUCCAGUGCAGCAAUGGCCGCUGUAUUACUUUGUUGUGGAAGUGUGAUGGUGAAGAAGACUGUAGCGAUGGCAGUGAUGAGAGUUCAUGUGUGAAGAAGACAUGUGCUGAGUCUGACUUCGUAUGCAAUAAUGGCCAGUGUGUACCGAACAGAUGGCAGUGUGAUGGGGACCCAGACUGUGAAGAUGGAUCUGAUGAAAGGCCAGAACAAUGCAAUAUGAGAACCUGCCGAAUAAAUGAGAUCAGCUGUGGUGUUCGAUCAACCCAAUGUAUCCCAGUGUCCUGGAAGUGUGAUGGUGAAAACGACUGUGACAGUGGAGAAGAUGAAGAAAACUGUGGCAAUGUAACUUGUAGUCCAGAAGAAUUCACUUGUUCCAGUGGUCGCUGCAUCUCUAAAAACUUUGUCUGCAAUGGUCAGGAUGAUUGUAAUGAUGGUAGUGAUGAGUUGGACUGUGCUCCCCCUACAUGUGGUGCGCAUGAGUUCCAGUGCAGCACUUCUUCCUGUAUUCCCAUCAGCUGGGUAUGUGAUGAUGAUGCAGAUUGCACUGACCAGUCUGAUGAGUCCCUGGAGCAGUGUGGACGCCAGCCUGUGCCUCAUGAAAAAUGCCCAGCCAGUGAGAUUCAGUGUGGUUCAGGGGAGUGUAUCCAUAUGAAAUGGCGCUGUGAUGGGGACCCUGACUGCAAAGAUGGAAGUGAUGAGAUAAACUGUCCUUCUCGAACAUGCCGGCCUGACCAGUUUGAAUGUGAAGAUGGCAACUGUAUCCAUGGCAGCAGACAGUGCAAUGGGGUCAGAGACUGUAUAGAUGGCACAGAUGAAAUCAACUGCAAAAAUGCCAAUCAGUGUUCUGGACCUGGAAAAUUCAAGUGCAGAAGUGGGGAAUGCAUAGACAUCAGCAAAGUGUGCAACCAGCAACAAGAUUGCAAGGAUUGGAGUGAUGAACCCUUAAAGGAAUGCAAUGUAAAUGAAUGCUUGGUUAAUAAUGGUGGAUGCUCCCACAUCUGCAAAGACCUGAUUAUAGGUUAUGAAUGUGACUGCGCUGCUGGGUUUGAACUGAUAGACAGGAAGACUUGUGGUGAUAUUGAUGAAUGCCAAAAUCCUGGAAUCUGCAGUCAAAUUUGUAUCAACUUAAAAGGCGGUUACAAGUGUGAAUGUAGUCGUGGCUAUCAAAUGGAUCUUGCCACAGGAGUAUGCAAGGCAGUAGGAAAGGAACCAAGCUUAAUCUUCACUAAUCGAAGGGACAUCAGAAAAAUUGGCCUGGAAAGGAAAGAAUAUAUUCAACUUGUAGAGCAACUAAGAAAUACCAUAGCACUAGAUGCUGACAUAGCCGCCCAGAAGUUAUUUUGGGCUGAUCUAAGCCAAAAAGCAAUCUUCAGUGCCCCAAUUGAUGCUCGUGACAAAGUUGGUAGACAUGUUAAAAUGAUCGACAAUGUCUAUAAUCCUGCAGCCAUUGCUGUUGACUGGGUCUACAAGAAUAUCUACUGGACUGAUGUGGCUUCAAAGACUAUUUCAGUGGCUACUUUAGAUGGAACCAAGAGGAAGAUCCUAUUUAAUUCUGAUUUACGAGAGCCUGCCUCCAUAGCUGUGGACCCGUUGUCUGGCUUUGUUUACUGGUCAGACUGGGGAGAACCAGCUAAAAUAGAAAAAGCAGGCAUGAAUGGACUUGACAGACGGCCACUGGUGACUAUAGACAUUCAAUGGCCUAAUGGAAUUACACUUGAUCUUGUAAAAAGCCGUCUCUAUUGGCUCGAUUCUAAACUGCACAUGCUGUCCAGUGUAGAUUUGAAUGGUCAAGAUCGUAGAAUAGUACUCAAGUCUCUAGAGUUUCUGGCUCAUCCUCUUGCUGUCACAAUGUUUGAGGACCGUGUCUAUUGGAUAGAUGGUGAGAAUGAAGCAGUCUAUGGUGCCAACAAAUUCACAGGAUCAGAAUUGGCUACUCUGGUUAACAACCUCAAUGAUGCUCAAGAUAUAAUUGUAUACCAUGAACUCGUACAACCAGCAGGUAAAAACUGGUGUGAAGAAGACAUUGAAAAUGGAGGCUGUGAGUACCUAUGUCUACCAGCACCACAGAUCAAUGAUCACUCUCCAAAAUAUGCCUGUUCCUGUCCCAGUGGGUAUAAUCUGGAAGGUGAUGGCAGGGCAUGUAGAAGAAUCAAUGUGACUACUGCAAUAUCAGAAGUAAAUGUUUCUCCAGGAGGAACUUCAGCUGCCUGGGCCAUCCUUCCUGUCUUGCUCUUGGCUAUGGCUGCAGCUGGUGGUUACUUUAUGUGGAGGAAUUGGCAACACAAGAACAUGAAAAGCAUGAAUUUUGACAAUCCUGUCUACUUGAAAACCACAGAAGAAGAUCUCACUAUAGAUAUUGGAAGACAUAGCACUUCUGUUGGACACACUUAUCCAGCAAUAUCGGUUGUAAGCACAGAUGAUGACCUAGCUUGAAUAUUUGAACAAGAGACAGCCCUUUCAAUCUACACUAAGUCCUAAACUUUUUUUUUGGAUGGUAACCAAACCAGUGGCUGAAAAAAAAACAGUUCUCUUCCUACCACCUGGAAGAAUGUGAUCAUAUUAUUUGUGUGGAGCAAGCUUGUGUACUCGACCUUUUUAUAUUCUACUUUUUUUGUAAAUAUUCUUGUCCACAGUUUAGUUCAGCUCUGGAUGUAGUUACCAAAUAUCUGUAACCCUUGAAUUUUUUAGACAGUAUUGCCACCAAUGGCCAAAUAUGCACUUUCCAUAGAAAGCCAUAUUCCAGCAAUGAAACUUGUGCUAUAUAGUACACAACCUGUACAUAACUUGUAUAGGCCAUCUGUAAAUAUCCCGAAGAACAAUCACUAUUCUUAAGCACUUUGAAAAUAUUUCUAUGUAAAUUAUUGUAAACUUUUUUUUUCAAUGGUUGGGGCAAUGGCAAUAGGAGAAAACGGGUUACUAAGAUGAAAUUGCCAAAAAAAAAAAUUUGUAAACUAAUUUUGUAUGUUUGAGUGAAAUCUUUGUGACCUCCAUGGAGGCUUGCAGAGGGCGAGUGUUCAGCAAACCACUGUACAAUUUUUUUCCACGUGCUAAAAAUUAAACCAAGCAGCUUAUCAAUGGCUUGUGCCUAUUCCUAUAGGGCAGGAGUGCAUUUCAUGUAUCAGCACUUCAAGUGACAUUACUUGGACUUUGUUUAUGCUUUCCCAAAUAUACUAAGCUUUAAGGUUUAGUUACUAUGAGAUGAUGCAGUAGCCUAUAGACUUUAAUGUCUUAUGGCCCUGGACUGAAUCCUGUUAGCUUAAUGUUUUUAUUAAAAAAAAUCAUGGGACUGGUGGAGUAGGGAGAGGGGUAGAAGUGAGAUCACCAAAAAAACCUACCAAGUUCUUCUUGGAAGUGAUUUUGGCCUAUUAACAUUCUAGGACUAGGGUACCAAAAAGUGAGUUCUUUAUACUAUCAGCUAAUGGUUUUUGUUAGCAUCCUUUCUGGAGAAUGUUCCUGCUUUAGUCCCUUUAUCAUUAGUGAUAUCUGAUCAAACCUAUGCUUAUUUCCUAGGAAUGGUUAUAUUUUCCCACAUGCUUAAAAAUUCCAGGGAGUCAAAAUGAAGGAUAUUUUGCAUUGGGGUGGGGGAACUAUUUCAUCGACCAGGCAAGAAUUACAGAAACUAUUUGACCGACUUGGAUAAGGUGAGUAUAGUCUGCUUUUCUAAAGCUUUAUAGAAGUAGGAUUUCAUUUUGGUAGUGACUAAUUAGGGAGCCACUGUUGAUCAGGAUGAGUUACAGAGGGUUUUCUCAAAGACGUAGUUGGGAGAAACAAAGUCAGCAGAAUGGAAGUCAAAGUCCAUCCCCUAGGUCAUGAAAAAUGAUGGUGAGAUGUUUGAAUUUGCAAUCUGAAGUCUCCUGUCUUUAUUUACGCAUAAUGUUCUGCCUUAUCCUAAAAGGCUAAGCUUCAAAUAUACAACUAGUUUUGCAUGGAAUCCAUGCAUAGACUGUAUCCACGGGAGCAGAGGACUCUUUCUAGAGUCAUGGCAUAGUAAAAAUCACGGCCCAGAGAUAUGGGUAGGAAAUGGAAGUGCAGUGGGCAUUUUUUUUUAAUGGAUUGUCAAUGUAUAUGGUAUUGAAGAAAUCCAGAAUAGGCUAAAAACCAAGAAGUGAUCAGAUCUUGGAAGUCCAGGACAGAGAAGGAUCUAAGCAUGAAUAAACUUUUCUUGAUAUAACAAGGUAGAAUAGAGAAACAGCUCAUUGAUCUUAAAUGUCUUUAUUGAUUUGAUAACAUGACACUAAUAUUAGGGAAAUGGAGGUGAAGUAAGAAAACUUGUCAAAUAUAUGAAGAUAAAAGAUGUAGUAAUUAAAUAGUCUUGAGCUGUUUAAGGAUCAUGACCUAAUGCUUAACAAUUGAGAAGAAAAUGAAGCAUUAAGUCUUUUCUCAAACUCUAACCUCUAUAUAAUGUAACCAAGAUCCCAUUAAUGUCUUGGUCUUAAAGAAGGAUACUCACAUGACCAUUUGCUUAGCUAGAGCUGAAACUAAAAAAUGACAAGUUACUCAUUAAACUUGGAUAAUUUAUAAUUUCCCAAAAGGCUUAAAUAAAUGCAUUUUGGCAACUGUGGUCAUGAGUGAAUAAGUUGUUUUACUAAACAGUGCAGCUAAUUUGGUAUAGUUAAAGGCUACCCUUUUAUCUACUACAAUCUAUUAAAAUACCUCAUUUGUUACUAGAUUAUAAAAAGAAUUAAGAAAGUGGAGUAGAUUACUCUUACUGCCUGCCUAAUGAGAAGGAUUAACACUGGACAACUAACUUCCAACAAUACAUUACAUUCAUAUCAAGUUCCUUCUCACAUUUUGGGUUAUUUUAAAUAUUAAAUGUUCGUUCAAAUUCAGAUCCAAAAUUAGUAGAGUAGGCCGUAUUUCCAGCAUUGCUAGAUGUACCUCAUAGCUGAAAAGCUAGGUAAACUGGGCCUUGGCCAUAGUGUGUAUGUUCUAAAACUAAGAUAAAUAGGGAGAGGAAUGUUCUACAAAGACUUCUAAAUGUUCCAUGUUGGUCCCUUGUUUGCAUACUUCAUAAAAGGUAGACUCUCCAUUAUCCACAUUUAAUGAAAGUGAACCUUGGUACUAAUCCAAAACAAUUUACAUUUGACUUUAGAUUGUAUUGUAAAUUUAUUACCUUAAAGUCUUACCUUAAAGGUGAAUCUUAAAAGUAAUUGUGUCUGCAGGUAAGCAUAGCAGGUGGUGGGAAGGUGGUAUAGAAAUAUCAAGAAGAUAAAACUGAGUACAGUUUAUAAUAAAUAACUUUUCAAGUUCUAUGAAAUUAUUUAGCCUUACUAGAGGACUUUUUUCUAACUGGAAACCUCUUAAAUUACAGUAUUCACAUGUCAAGUUAUUUUAUAACGCUAAAGUUCCUUGUUCGUUCAAGUUCAGACCCAAAAUAAAUAGCAAGAGCUGCUUGUAAUAUAUUGAGCAAAUGAGUAAGAACUACCUGAUAAGUUCCUUAAUGGCUUGCCUUUGUAAAGACAGGGCUUGGCCAACUAUGACUCUCUGGCCAAAUCCAGCCCACAGCUAAAAAUGGCUUUUACAUUUUUAAGUACAAUGAUGCUUUACUUCAAAAAUGUAAAAACUAUUUUUAGCUCUGGAGCCAUAUAAAAACAAGGGUGGGCUGGAUUUGACUUUGCUCCCUGCCUUAAGGGAUCAAAUUGGCAGGGGUUUAUGUUUUAAAGUUUAUUCUAAAAAGUAUUACUUUAGAUCUCUUAACUCCCACCAGUUCACCUGAAUUGUUUUGUGCUUAGAAAAUUGUAGAAAAUUUUAGAAAAUUCUUUACUUAAUCUAGUUCUCAAGUUAACAUUCUCAGGUCUUAUGGAAAGUCCAUAUACAAUUCUUUUUAAAUAUAUUUUCAAUAAUUAUCAGAAAUAGCAAAUUCUAACUAAGAACCAGUGAGCAAAAGAAUGCCAUUAAAUGUUUAAACACCAUACAAAACACAACAUUAAAAAGCUUUUAUGAGAAGAAUGUGAAGUCAGGAGAUCAGUUUAGUAUCUUUCACUCUACUAAACAACCUGAAGAAACAUAUGUAGCCAGUGAUGCCUUACAGGGUGUUACAAGGCAGGAAAACAGGAUUAACUUGAAAAGCUAUCAAUGAAACUCUAUAUAAUAACUUCAUCUUAUUCUAAAGCUAAAAUCAGCCUGAAUGUCUUACUGUAGCACCUCAUAUGUAUGUGUGUAUAUGCACUUAUGUACAUUUAGGUAUAUAUAUGUACAUUUAUGUACACACACACACAGAUUGAUUGCAAUUGCUGUGGUAACCCCCCAAAUUGGAAGAAAGCCAACUUAUUCUAAGAUGCUGAAUUUCUUGAUUACUGUUCAGUGUCAUCACUUGCAAAUUCAUUAUUUAUUUUAGCAUUUUCUUCCAACUUUAGGUAUCCCUGCUUAUGUAAGGUAUUUCAAGUUUCUUUUUGUGGAAGUAUAUAUUGGUAUCAUAGAGAAAAUGGGUCACUUUAGGGAAUGAAGGUAGAAGAGAGUUUAGAACUCUGUGCUGUGAAGUAGAGGGUUCCCCACCAGGUCACCCUGCCGAUGCAGAUAUAGUGAGUGGUAGCCAACUGUCCAACACUUAUACAACUGAGUUAGAUAAGAGGAGGAAGAUUGUUAUAUCUUGGAUCAACCUGACCAAUAUAGUGAGUCAGAGGCAUCAAUAAAAUCUGGAAUGAUGGCAUAGCUUCAGUGGUUAGUGUUGAAGCCUAGGUCUUUCUCCCCUCAGGCUCUUGAAAAGAAUGUGCAAGUGUCAGCCUGGGUCUAGGCUCUUAGCUCACACUCUUCUGGAGGCCACAAAAAGCAGGAAGCAAUAAGCUGUGGACAGAUCUAACCUAGAGUUCCUAUCUUAAGCAUACUAGCCAGUUGGCUUACAUUUCCUGUCUAUGGUGCCUGCUUUCAGACACAAGAGAUAAUGUGAUCAAACACAGUUACUUCUCCCUAGUACCAAAUUCUUUUAAUGAGGUGAUGUUCAAUUUCUAAGUACACAUCACAAACAGGACCUUUUUAAACCACUGUUUGAAAGAGCUUUAAACUAGGAAGUCGGUAGACUUGGGUUCUAAUGUUGGCACUGUCACUGAUUAGCAAUGUGAUCUUGGGCAGGGCUUUGGUAAAAUGAGAAUGUGAUAUCAGUCUCAAAGGAAAGCCUGUUCUGUCUUUAGGAUUUUGUUACAGGAAAGGUCAGAAGCUGAACACUGGAGUUAG